GCUUACGGAACCGGAAGUGGAGUUCAGAUCUCUUCCCUUUAGCGGCCAUCCCCAGAGUGGUAGCUGCCAAAAUGAAGUUCAAUCCUUUUGUGACUUCUGACCGAAGCAAGAACCGUAAAAGGCAUUUCAAUGCACCUUCCCACAUUCGGAGGAAGAUUAUGUCUUCCCCUCUUUCCAAAGAGCUGAGACAGAAGUACAAUGUUCGUUCCAUGCCUAUCCGAAAGGAUGAUGAAGUUCAGGUGGUACGAGGACACUAUAAAGGUCAGCAGAUUGGCAAAGUAGUCCAGGUGUACAGGAAGAAAUAUGUCAUCUACAUUGAACGGGUACAGAGGGAAAAGGCUAAUGGCACAACUGUCCAUGUGGGCAUCCACCCCAGCAAGGUGGUGAUCACCAGGCUAAAACUGGAUAAAGAUCGCAAGAAGAUCCUGGAACGGAAAGCCAAAUCUCGCCAAGUAGGAAAGGAAAAGGGCAAAUACAAGGAGGAAACACUUGAGAAGAUGCAGGAGUAGAGCCGUCUUGUGUACAGCUUUCACUGAACACUUAAGAUUAAAUGAUCCUGGCCAUC